CUUCUAAUCUUUCUACAAAUAUUUUACAAAAUCCGUUUGUUAGACAGCGGGUUUUACCGACUAAUCUAAAUUCGAACGAUUUUGACCAGUAUGUCAAAUUAAUUAUUCCAGUCAAUGGAAACUCAAGAAAGAAUCCUAAAAAAAUAAUGGGAUAUCAUUUAUUCAAAGUGAAUGUGGAGAAAGAAGGAAGGCAGUUGGGAGAAGAACAUCCCCGUGUGUUAGAAAUGGCCGCAGUAAUGAUAUGGAAAAAAUGUGAUUAUAAUGAAAAGAGA